GUCUUCGCUCUAUCCCCCCCGUGCGCAGACCCUGAUGAGGCUCGGUAUGUCUUCUUCUAACAUACCAUCAUUGCAGCACGAAGAGCUUUUGUGCAAAACCAGCAGUACAAGACAAUGUCUCCACCUUCACCGACAAUGUACGAGCCUAAGAAUAUGCGCUUUCGACAGCUUGGCCCCAGUGGUCUGCGUGUCUCUCUCUUCAGCCUUGGUGGGUGGCUCACCUUUGGAGGGAGCGUCGAUGACGAAGCGACCAAGGACAUCAUGAGGGUGGCCUAUGAGCACGGCAUCAACACCUUCGAUACGGCCGAGGUGUACGCCAACGGAGCUUGUGAGGUAUCGAUGGGACGUGCGAUUCGAGAUCUGCAGUGGAAUCGCUCAAGUCUCGUCCUCAUCACAAAGAUCUUCUACGGCACGGGCGGAAAAGAUCCUAAUGCGACAGGGCUCAGCAGGAAGCACAUCAUUGAAGGCGCACAACAGAGCCUGCAAAGGGCCGGGCUCGAUUAUUGGGACAUCAUCAUGGCACACAGCCCCGAUGUGACAGUGCCCAUGGUCGAGGUAGUCAAGGCUUUCAACCACCUUAUUGCAACAGGCAAAUGUUUCUACUGGGGCUGCUCUGCGUGGUCGGCCGAACAGAUCUCAGAGGCCUACGGCAUCGCGCGAGAGCUUCACUUGGAGCCGCCAUUGGCGGAUCAGUCGCAGUACUCGAUGCUUCACCGCGAGCCCGUGGAAAAGGAGUACAUGCCCCUCUAUCGCAAGCACGGCCUCGGUCUGACGAUCUGGUCUCCACUUGCCUGGGGCCUGCUUACAGGCAAAUACAACGACGGCAUCCCCAAGGGCUCUCGCUUCGACCUCAACGCCGACUCAACCUUUGACGGCGCCAUCCAGUCCCUGCGAUCCUCAGAGGGUAUGGCAAAGGUAGAGAAGGUUAAGAGGUUGACCAAGGUCGCGGAAGGGUUGGGCUGCUCGAUGGCCGUCCUGGCUCUGGCCUGGGCAGCCAAGAACGAACAUGUCUCGACGGUCAUUCUGGGCGCAAGUCGAAAGGAGCAGGUCGUGGAGAAUCUCAAAGCUCUUGACUACAUCGAGAAGCUCACUCCGGACAUCAUGACCGAGAUAGAUGCGGUGCUUGCCAACAAGCCAGCGCCACUUCCUACCUUUGGGCGAGCAUGAAGCAAAGCAUGUUCACGAAAAUGGUGCCAUGAACCUGUAAGAAAACCAUCAUUCCCGACUCAGGCUGGACUCUUGUGACAAAUAUUUUAGACUAUGACAAAAUCGAAUCCU